AUGGCAUCAGUUUCCAGUGCCGGUGAGGCAGUUGCGAGAAUCGCCUACCUGUCCAGUGACCUUGUCUUGUCUGUGCAACCUUCCCUGCAGACAGACUCGCUAUUUUCAAAGACACUCAAAUCUUUAAAGAGCCAAAAGACCACUAGCGUCCUCUCUAAUCAAAUACCAGUGGUGCAAGCCGUGCGACACAAUGAGGACCCUCUACUCUCUGCAUUCCACCCUCUCCGUCAGCGAGAGUCUGUCUCUGUAGUCGCCAGCUCCUCAAUCCUCAUCACAGCGGUUCCUCAUCUCUACCGAUUGGCGAACUUCCCCAUUGUCAUUCACAUUGCGCUUGAUUCCUCAUCAUACCCCGACUACUCUGUCAUCAGUUCCAUCCGCCAGUGCGGAUUCGCAUUCCUGCACUCAGAGACUAUCCAGGAGUCCCAAGACAUCGCAUUGACUGCCCAUGCAUUGGCCCAUAAGUCUGGAAAGGGUGUCAUUCAUUUCUUCGAUCCUGCCAAUUCUGUCAAGGACUCACCUAUUGCCUCGGAGGAUAUCGAGCUUGUGAAGAAGACUCUGAACCUGAGUGGAGUCAUUGCUACUCACGCCCCUUCCGAAGCCGAGACCCUGUACACCGACUCUGGCCGUGUCGCCACAGUGGCAACGGAUAGCGUCGAGAUUGCUCCUGCUGGCCAGGGCGAGGCAACCGCCGGGUUAACCGUGCCCUCCCAGUCCCAAACCCCUCUGGCUGCCAGUGUCGACAACUCAUCUGUUGGUUCUUCUCGCCGUGAGAGCAGUGCUGGAAGUGAGACUCCUAGUUCUGCAGCCACUACAGUGGACUACUCCAGCGUUCGCCCCGUGAAUGCCGCCGAUAUCUUCGAAUGGACGCGCCAGAUUUGGGCCACGAUCUCGAAGGAGACUGGCCGCACCUACAAUGCUAUUGAAUAUACUGGCCCCGCUGACGCCAAGUCCGCUGUCUUUGUGUUCGGCUCAACGGGGGUUUUCGUUGAUGCUCUUUCACAGGCAGAGGCUGGGAGCGAGCUUGAGAACAUUGGUCUGAUCACUGCCCGUCUCUAUCGGCCUUGGGUUGGUAGUCAGAUUGUCAACUCUAUUCCCAACUCCAUUGAAAAGGUCGCUGUAUUGGAACAGGUCCGGAAGACAACCAAGUGGGGCCCAUCUUUCAUGGACUUCCUUUCUAGUGUGACCCCUUCCUCUGUUCGAGGCGAGGCUUUGAAGAUCGUGGGCUACCGUCUGGGCUACAUCGAGCCUUCAACAGCUGUGCAGGCGCUUCGCGGCAUUGUUCAGAACCUGCAGUCAUCUUCCCCUAUCCAGAACCUAGAAGUGGGUAGCGCUCAGGCCCCCGCUGUGCAGGAAGGUCUUGUACAGCCUCAACUUGAAAAUGCAUACCUGAAAAUCCUGAACCAGCUCUUUGGUGAUCGCCUAUAUAUCGCCAACCAGCUGGGCGCCAAGAAUGCCGGUAUCUCCUCCACCAUCGCUGCCAGCCCGGAGUAUGGUUUUGGAUCACUCCUUGCACGCAAGGAACACCGCAAGCGGUUCAUCCGAGAGGUGGAAGAGGCUUCCAAGUCCGCUACUUUCGCCACCGAUGUCCCCAAGUCUUGGCUGUCACGCUGGGCCCUGAGUGUCAAUGAUUCUGCCAAGGCGAACAAGAUUGCCCCCGACGUGGUUGCCCGUCUUUCUAAUGACGGCUCCAAGCUGUCUCGGGAGCUCUUGGAGUCAAAGAAGCUUUUCUUCGAGGAGUCUCAGUGGCUCAUCGGCUCUGAUGCCUGGGCGUACGACUUGGGCAACUCUGGCGUUCACCAUGUUCUUGCCUCUGGCGCUAAUGUCAACAUGUUGAUCAUUGACUCGCAGCCUCAUUCUGAGCGUGCUGCUUCCGAUCCCACUCGCCGGAAGAAGGACAUUGGUCUCUACGCUAUGAACCUUGGAAAUGCCUACGUUGCAUCAACAGCCGUGUACAGCUCCUACACGCAGGUUCUGCAGGCCAUGGCCGAAGCUGAGCAAUUCAACGGCCCGUCCGUCGUUGUUGCUUACCUCCCUUACCACCAAGAGAAUGACUCCCCCCUCACUGUCUUGCAGGAGACCAAGAAGGCGGUUGAUCUUGGUUACUGGCCUCUGUACCGCUGGAAUCCCGCAAAUGAAGAGAAGGGCGAGCCCAAGUUUGCCCUCGACUCUGAGCGUAUCAAGCGCGAGCUUGAAGAAUUCCUUCGUCGCGACAACCAGCUCACCCAGCUCAUGAAUCGCCAGCCUAAAUACUCUUCUGUGUUGUCUGAAUCGUACGGCACAGAAGUUCGUGCUUUGCAGAAGCGCAAGGCCAAGGAUUCGUAUGAAAAACUUCUGGACGGCCUUUUCGGAGCUCCACUCACUAUUCUUUUCGCGUCAGACGGUGGCAAUGCCCAAAAUCUUGCCAAGAGGCUGGGCAACCGUGGCCGUGCUCGUGGUUUGAAGACUAUGGUCAUCGCGAUGGAUGAAUAUCCCGUCGAGGAUUUGGCCACUGAAGAGAACGUUGUGUUCAUCUCUUCUACCGCCGGUCAGGGUGAAUUCCCCGUGAACGGUCGCGGCCUGUGGGAGCAUGUCAAGAACACCGGCGACCUUGACCUGUCCUCCAUCAAGUAUUCCACCUUCGGUCUUGGUGACAGCCACUAUUGGCCCCGAAAGGAGGACAAGAUCUACUACAACAAGCCUGCUAAGGAUCUGGAUGCCCGUGUGGCAUUCUUGGGAGCCCAGAAGCUUACUGACAUUGGCCUCGGUGAUGAUCAGGACCCUGAUGGAUAUCAAACUGGCUACGCCGAGUGGGAGCCCCGUUUGUGGAAAGCUCUUGGCGUCGACAAUGUGGAGGGUCUGCCCGAGGAGCCUGCCCCUAUCACCAACGAGGACAUCAAAAUCCAGUCUAACUUCCUCCGCGGUACCAUUCUGGAAGGCCUUCGGGACGAGUCGACUGGCGCCAUCUCUGCCAGUGACCAGCAAUUGACCAAGUUCCAUGGUACCUACAUGCAGGAUGACCGUGACCUCCGGGAUGAACGUAAGGCCCAGGGUCUCGAGCCAGCUUAUAGUUUCAUGAUCCGUUGUCGACUGCCCGGUGGUGUUGCUACACCGAAGCAGUGGCUGCAGAUGGAUGCUAUCAGCAGUUCUCACGGAAACGAGACUAUGAAAUUGACCACCCGCCAGACCUUCCAGUUCCAUGGAGUUAUUAAACGCAAGCUCCGUGGUGCUAUGCAGGAAAUCAACAAGGCUCUGAUGGACACUCUUGCGGCCUGUGGUGAUGUGAACCGUAAUGUCAUGUGCAGUUCCCUCCCAGAGCUGUCCACUUUCCAUCGUGAGACAUAUGUGUUUUCCAAGAAGAUCAGUGAGCACCUGCUUCCUUCAACGACAGCUUAUCAUGAGAUCUGGUUGAAGGAUGAGAAUGACAACAAGGUUCAGGUGGCUGGUGACGCUAUCGUUGACCACGAGCCCCUCUACGGUCCCACCUACUUGCCCCGCAAGUUCAAGAUCACCAUUGCCAUUCCUCCCCACAAUGACACUGACGUCUACGCUCACGAUAUCGGCCUCAUUGCUAUCAAGGGGGCGGACGGCCACCUGGAAGGUUUCAAUGUCCUGGCUGGUGGUGGUAUGGGUACCACUCACAACAACAAGAAGACUUACCCCCAGACUGGUCGUAUGCUCGGGUUCUUCCCCGCGGAGAACAUUCACAUUGCCUGUGAAAAGAUCAUGCUUGUUCAGCGUGAUAACGGUGACCGCAAGAACCGCAAGCACGCUCGUCUGAAGUACACCAUUGAUGAUAUGGGACUGGAUGUCUUCCGUAGCAAGGUCGAGGACCUUCUUCCGGACGGUCAGCGAUUCGCUGAGCCUCGGCCCUUCAAGUUCGAGUCCAACGUUGACACCUUUGGCUGGAUCAAGGAUGAGACUGGCUUGAAUCACUUCACCUUCUUCAUUGAGAACGGUCGCAUUGAGGACACCGCUGAGUUCGCCAUGCGUACCGGUCUCCGCGAGCUUGCCUCCCUCAACAAGGGUGAGUUCCGCCUUACUGGCAACCAGCACUUGAUUCUCUCUAGAGUCACAGACGAGGAUCUCCCUGCUGUUAAGGAGGUCAUGGCCAAGUACAAGUUGGACAACACCGCGUUCUCCGGGCUGCGUCUUUCCUCCUCGGCCUGUGUUGCUUUCCCCACCUGUGGUCUCGCCAUGGCUGAGUCUGAGCGUUACCUGCCCGUCCUUAUCUCCAAGCUGGAGUCUACUCUUGAGGAGAAUGGUCUUGCUCGUGACAGUAUUGUUAUGCGUAUGACUGGUUGCCCCAACGGAUGUGCUCGUCCUUGGCUUGCUGAGGUCGCCUUUGUUGGCAAGGCUUACGGAGCGUACAACAUGUACCUCGGCGGUGGUUACCACGGACAGCGUUUGAACAAGCUUUACCGUUCUUCCAUCAAGGAGGAUGAGAUCAUUGAGAUCAUGAAGGGCCUGCUCAAGCGCUAUGCUCAGGAGCGAAACACCGACGGCGAGACACCCGAGCGCUUUGGUGACUUCUGUAUUCGCGCCGGUAUCAUUAAGGCCACCACCGACGGCCAAAACUUCCACGAGGGUGUUGCGGAAGAAGAUGAUGAGGAGUAA